AUGAAUAUGUUCAUGUUUGCGCAGGUAUUUGAAACCACUCUAACAAAAAUCAAUCAAUAAUUACAGUACCUCUUAUUGGCAAUCGCUUCCUGUUUGAUGCUUUCAAUAAUCAACUGUGGUGGAAAGAAAAAACCGGCGGCCGGUGCAAAAUCGGCGGCUGAAAAGGGGAAAUCGGAGAAGGGCAACAAAUCGGCUGCUCCAGGUGCUCCAGGUGCUCCGGCUGGAGGUGCUGCCAAACCAACCGAUGAUAAAGUGACCGAUGUGAGUUUCUUUUUUUUGUUUUUUUUUAAAUCUAGAUUUCAAUAUGAAUUUUUGCAGGACGGAAAUUAUGAAGAAUUGGCAGUUCCACAAUAG